GCAGCAAACGUGUUUAAUUGAAAAACAAACUCUAAACUAAUCCGUGAACAAAAGGGUUUAUUAAACAGAAUUGAAAGACCAAGUAACGGCAUGCAUGACUUGGUAAACUCUUAAGUCCUAAGCUUAAGGAAUUAGCUAUUUCAUGAAAAGGGAAAGUUGAUUUGCAAAGCGGACAGAUGUGAAGAUGCAGACAGCUACUUCCUUAUCUCUUCCGUGGAGUACUCCGUGUACCCAACUGCUCUUUACCCGUAAUUCCAGCUCCAUAAACAUAAAGAAUAAAACUUUCACUGCUACUGUCUCCUCUUUAUUGUCUUAUGAUUGGAUGUCUGUUGUACAUUAUCAUGAUAAGCAUGUAAUUGGAAGUCACUUCCCAAACUAUUUCAAACCCAAAGCAACCCUUCUCUCUCUCAACUGCUGUUUCAAUCAAGAAGCUGCUGGAGCUGGAGAUAGUCUUUCUCAACACCAGCAAUCACAGAAUCAGCAUAGUAAAGGGUUCUGGAGUAACUGGAAGGCUAAUUCUGCGGAAAUGAGUUCAAAACUUGCAAAGCUUGGGCUUGCAGCUGUGCUUGCUUAUGGUUUGUUUGAUGCGAUUACAUAUACAACUUUCUUUGUGUUGGCGUUCCUUGGCUAUGAGAAGAGUACAGGAAAGAAUCCUGCAGCCAAUCUACAAGCACUUUUAGGGAUUGUGAUCUUGAUGUGGACUGGGAACAACAUCACAAGGCCAUUUCGAGUAGCUGGAGCAGCCGCAGUAGCGCCAUUUUUUGACAGGGGCCUGAAGAAGAUCCAAAACUAUUUCAAGUUUCCAAAUCUUGCUUAUGCAUUCGCACUUGUUGUCUCAAUAGUAGCUUCAUUGUGUUUAACAACUGGUGGUUUGCUUAUUCUUCCAAGAUGGGGAAAAUGAAAUAGAAAAGGCUAAGCAAUGAUCAAGAGCACACAUAUUAUCAAGCAACAUUCUAAUUUUCAAAUGCAUAUGCAGACUAAUGUUUAUUUGGUGAAAUCAACAACCAGGAGCGCCGUCUCUCUCACUGCUCUCUCCUUUACUUUCCAAUCUUAGGGCUGCCAUUUGGUCCUAUGUGACCGACGGGCGCCCUGAUCUAAAAUCUUCUCAAUUAGUUUAUGUCUCUAUUUUAAGUUAAUUUGCUUUAAAUUAGUCUACAUCUUUGUCUGAUCAAUUCUAGGAGCAGAGCAAGAGGCAUAACACUAAGUUGUCCUUAAAGGCAUCUCUUCAAUCUUGAUAGAUGUAAGCUUUACAAAGCUAUUUUUUUUAUGAAAUAUUGGGGGGUACCGCAAAGGAACAGGCCAGGCAUUUGCGGGGAAAGAUAUCCUUCAAAGAUAUUCCACCCAGCAAGACAGUUCUCUUAUACGGCAAUACUAGAUUGAAAACAGUCAUAGUAGGCUCAUCGGUGGCAUCAAGAAUGAAAAUGGACCCCAAAGAGGUUUGUUUUGCAAAUAUCUCAUAAAAAAGAAUGAGAAGUUGUCAUGAUCUUAGCUACUGCAGGAGUCGUCGUGAAUAUGGUGAGUGGUAUGCUGGGGAGAGAGGCCAAGCUUGUGCCUAUUGAAGGGAAGGAAUAGAAUUAAUUGUGCAUAUUUGUACUUCAGUCAGUUAGUUAUUUUGCCCAUUUGCAUUUUUGUCUUUAGAUUCUUGUUAUUAUGCUAAAAUACAGCUGCUAUGACAACUGUCCAUUUAUUCUUAUUGUCAA